AUGGCUGACGCUGUGGACGUUCCGCAGAUCAAGAAUCUCUACGCCGAGGCGUGGAAACAACAGUACUCGGAUCUACGACUCUCAACCAAACAGACCGAGUCGUGUGGCCUUGCCGCAAACUUGGAGUACAUCGCUGCUCCAUGGGAUGUUGGCGGCGGAGGCGUCCUGGGAAUUUUGCGCAUUGCGGAUAUCGGGCGCAAUCCAGCUGUCGGAAAGAUCAAGGGCCACACGUCUUCGAUUCAGGACACAAAUUUCAGCCCCUUUCACCGCGAUAUUCUCGCCACUGCAUGCGAAGACACGAUCGUUCGCGUCUGGCAGCUCCCCGAGGAAGUGACGGCAGCGACCGAGUUGAAGGAACCGAUCGCGACUUUCACCGGAGCGCUCAAGAAGGUUCUCUCCGCCGAGUGGAACCCCGUUGUCUCUGGAGUCCUUGCUUGCGGCUCUUUUGAUGGCACGGUGGCUUUCUGGUUAGUCUCCGAGAGUCGCCUGUCUUCUCGCCCGCUUGGCCUCUCUCGCACACGUGGGAAUGUGGAAAAGGCAGAAAAUUUCGCGUCAGUCAAGUUCCAGGAGUCCCUCCUCAGUUCGAAAUGGAGCUGGAAAGGGGACUUGGUUGCAUGCACGACGAAGGACAAAGUGCUGAGCGUCGUGGAUCCGCGAACCGCCAAGGUCGUCUCUUCCGUCACCUGCCACGAAGGCUCCAAGGCGUGCAAAUGCACUUGGGUCGAUGGGCUGGCCGGACGCGAAGGCCACGUGUACACAACCGGCUUCGGCAAGAUGCAAGAACGUGAAAUGGCCAUUUGGGACACCCGGAAAAUCGACAAGCCAGUCUACCAAGCAGAAAUCGAUCGCGGCUCCUCGCCACUGUAUCCGGUGUUCGACGAAACGACUGGGAUGCUCUACGUCUGUGGCAAGGGCGACUCGUCCUGUCGGUACUACCAGUUUCACGGCGGCGUCUUGCGCCCAGUCGACACGUACAGAUCGAACAUCCCCAUCAAGAAUUUCUGUUUCAUUCCGAAGCUGGCUGUGGACCAAAUGCGCGCAGAGAUCGGGCGCAUGCUCAAGCAAGAAAACAACAACGUUCUUCAGCCGAUCUCCUUCAUCGUGCCGAGAAAAAACCAGGAUGUGUUCCAAGCGGAUCUGUACCCGCCUGCGCCGGAUGUCGAGCCUUCAAUGACGGCCGAAGAAUGGUUCAACGGCCAAAACAAGGCAAUUCGCCGACGGUCGAUGAAACCCGGCGACGUGGUCUCCUCGCAGCCGCGACGCAUGACCGUCGACACUGCCUCGGUCUCCGCUCAAGCCGCGAACGCGCUUCCGGCUGCAGACGCUCAAGCCCUCCAGCGACUUCAGUCCGAGGUCGCCUCGCUGAAAACUCAGCUGCUUGAGAUGGAUCGCCUUCGCAAAGAAAAUGAGGAGUUGAAGGCGAAUGCUGCAGAAAUUACGGCGUUGCGCAAGGAAAAUGAGGAGUUGAAGGCGAAGGCCAAAGAGCUUGCGGCGCAACCCGCCACGGCGGUGGAAUCUACAGCCGCGGAAGACCCCGCGUUGAAAAAGCGAGUGUCUGAACUGGAGGAGGCGUUGAGCAGCGAGAAGGACACGUCAGCACAGCUGGAGAUGCGUUUGCGAGAUCUGGAAGGCCGCUUCGUUUCGGCCACCAAGGCGCAGAAGGCUGCUGAGCAGACUGCCGAGAAACUCGACUCGCGCGUGAAGGAACUGGAGGCGAAGAACAGCGAACUCAAGACGCAGAUGGAGCAAGCGCAUGGCACUCUCCACCGCGCGGCUACUCUCACAGGCCUCGACAGCGACAUGAAGAACGAACUGAACGAGAUGCGUGACUUCUUUCGGGACAUUCUUCAGCAGGCCCAGAACGAGGCGGCGUAG